CCUCGCGGCGGGCGCCCUCGUCGCCAGCGGCGCACCAUGGACGGGUUGCCCGGUCGGGCGUUGGGGGCCGCCUGCCUUCUGCUCCUGGUGGCGGGCUGGCUGGGGCCCGAGGCCUGGGGCUCCCCCACGCCCCCGCCGUCGCCCGCUGCGCCGCCGCCGCCCCCGCCGCCCGGAGCUCCAGGCGCCUCGCAGGACACCUGUACGUCGUGCGGCGGCUUCCGGCGGCCUGAAGAGCUGGGCCGGGUGGACGGCGACUUCCUGGAGGCGGUGAAGCGGCACAUCUUGAACCGCCUGCAGUUGCGGGGCCGACCCAACAUCACGCACGCCGUGCCUAAGGCCGCCAUGGUCACGGCCCUGCGCAAGCUGCACGCUGGCAAGGUGCGCGAGGACGGCCGCGUGGAGAUCCCACACCUCGACGGCCAUGCUAGCCCCGGCGUCGACGGCCAGGAGCGCGUCUCCGAAAUCAUCAGCUUUGCGGAGACAGAUGGCCUCGCCUCCUCCCGGGUUCGCUUGUACUUUUUCGUUUCCAACGAAGGCAACCAGAACCUGUUUGUGGUGCAGGCCAGCCUGUGGCUUUACCUGAAACUUCUGCCCUAUGUGCUGGAGAAGGGUAGUCGGCGGAAGGUGCGGGUCAAGGUGUACUUCCAGGAGCAGGGCCAUGGCGACAGGUGGAAUGUGGUGGAGAAGAAGGUGGACCUCAAGCGUAGUGGCUGGCAUACCUUUCCGCUCACAGAGGCCCUCCAGGCCUUGUUCGAGCGGGGUGAACGUCGACUUAACCUGGAUGUGCAGUGCGAUAGCUGCCAGGAGCUGGCCGUGGUGCCGGUGUUCGUGGACCCCGGUGAGGAGUCACACCGGCCCUUUGUGGUGGUGCAGGCUCGGCUGGGCGACAACAGGCAUCGCAUCCGGAAGCGGGGCCUGGAGUGUGAUGGCCGGACCAACCUCUGUUGCAGGCAACAGUUCUUCAUCGACUUCCGGCUCAUCGGCUGGAAUGACUGGAUCAUUGCGCCCACUGGCUACUACGGGAACUACUGCGAGGGCAGCUGCCCGGCUUACCUGGCCGGGGUCCCCGGCUCCGCCUCCUCCUUCCACACUGCUGUGGUGAAGUACCGCAUGCGGGGCCUGAACCCCGGCCCCGUGAACUCCUGCUGCAUCCCCACCAAGCUGAGCUCCAUGUCCAUGCUCUACUUUGAUGACGAGUACAACAUCGUCAAGCGGGACGUGCCCAACAUGAUAGUAGAGGAGUGUGGCUGCGCCUGAUGGCAGAGGGCAGGGGCGCAGCGGCAGUGGGGUGUGGACGACAGUCCCCAGUGGGCUUCUUCCAGCCCCUGCGGGGACAGGAGGUGCCUGGUGGGCUGAGCACGGUCGUUCCGUUGGGCUGCAGAGAGAGUGCCAGGGUGAAGCCUGAAAGAAUUUCCUACUACUUCAUAGAGCAACCAGUCAAAACCAGAGGGAGAGCCCUCAGCUGACAUGAGAGACUUUCAAAUGCACACGUAGACACGCACAGCCAGACGCAUCCUGCCACCCACACAGCAGCCUCCAGGAUACCAGCAAAUGGAUGCGGUGACAAAUGGCAGCUUAGCUACCAAUGCCUGUCAGUUGAAGAGAAUGGGGUGAGCAGCCACCAUUCCCACCAGCUGGCCGGGCCACUCUGAAUCGCGCCUUCUGAGCACACAUAAAAGCACAAAGACAGAGACAGGGAGAGAGAGAGAGAAAGAGAGAGAGAGAGAGAAAGAGAGUGCCAUGGAGAAGGAAAGCAGGGUGGAGAGUGUGCAGGCAGGCCGCAUGUCCCCCUGGGCCAUGCCAGGCCUGCUCUGCCACUGCAGCUCCUGGCGCAGACGUGUCCACUUCUCCCCACCUGGCAUUCUCCAUGCUGCGAGACCAGGGAACUGUCCUUCCACACCCUUGUAGAGGGAAGGAGGCCCAGGAAGGACACCAACUGUCAGAGACUGGAGCAGGGGCAGUGACCGUUCUACUCUUCGUCACUCGGGUCCCUGACAUGACUUAUGUGUGUGUGUGUGUUUGUGGGGUGGGGCGGGUGGGAGAGGAGAGGGGUCUUAAUUUGAUGCUUUAACUGAUCUCCAACAGUUGACAGGUCAUUUGUGCCAGUUGUAGAACUGAAAAGACUUUCCUAUCAGGUAUGACCUUUUACGUGAAAAAUCGAAUUGUUCAAAAUGAGAAGAAGAAAAGUUGCAAUCGGUGCCCUUCCCUGGGGACAUUCCUCUGGGACUGGUUGGGGGAGGGUGGGAAUGACCACUAGGCAAGGGGGUGAGCCCAGAGGAGGCAAUGGGGAGUGGAGGCAUUCUGGAAAUGCUGGUUGGGGGGGCUCCCUCAGCACAGGGUGGGGGAAGGGAGCCGCUCCGCUGGCCUUGGAGAGAUGGGGAAGGCUUUCACUGCUUUGCAGAAGUUGCCUGUGUGGGUGGGCCCUGGCCACCGGGGCAGCCAUGGACAUGGCACCUGCCCACUCACCCGCCUGCCCCGCAUAGCACUUGCCAACCUGCCUGAACGCACAUGAUAUAGCACUUGCCGAUCUGCGCGUGUCCAGAAGUGGCCCUGGGAAGAGCGCUGAAGUCGCUCUCCUUCUAGAUGUCCAAGUGCCACGCGAACUAUGCAAUUUAAAGGGUCGACCCACACUAGAUGAAACUGGACUCGUAUGACUCUUUUUAUAUUUUUUUAUACUUGAAAUGAAAUCCUUUGCUUCUUUUUUAAGCGAAUGAUUGCUUUUAAUGUUUGCACUGAUUUAGUUGCAUGGUUAGUCAGAAACUGCCAUUUGAAAAAAGAAGUUAUUUUUAUAGCAGCAAAAAAAAUGAAUACAGUUAAAUGUAUUAUACAUAAUUUUGGAACCAAAGAGGCCAACAGAUCAGUUUUAAUUUUUAUUAGAAUGGUGAGGCCAUCUUCUAUGAGGUGGACGUUCUGAACAAUCCCUUGAGUGGCCUGCCAAUGUUUCAGGGUAUAAAUGGAUUUUGUUUAUUCAGUUCAAUGUGUCUUUUCUAUCCUUACACACCCAGAAGGUAGAGUAAAAAUGACUGGUAGAAUGCAGGUGUGUACCCUUAAAUCCUCAUCUUUAUGUUUAUUUAAUAAAGCUCCCCUUAGGUUCUGUUUCAUAAUAAUUUAAAACCAAACAAUUUCCCCAUAGACUGGCUGUUAAAAUAUUUUACGUUUGUGUACAGUUUAAGAAAAUAAACGAUUGAGUGCCA